AUGCAUUACGCUGGAGCACAUGUGCUUGCUUGGAUGUCACUGCUGGUAGGUACGGGAACACUUAUCGCUGCAAUUGGCACAGACUUCUGGUCAACACAUCGUCCAGUGGAAAGUGUUGAUAUAAUGAGCAUGCAUCGCGGUCUAUGGAAACAGUGUACGCGAUAUUUGAUCGAUACAUAUUGCCAUAAUCGUUUCUCGAAAUUCACGGACGAUGUGCUCGAAGUAAUGCGUAUCGGAGGUUUUGCUACUGCUGGUGAUCUUUUUGAUGGAUAUCGCCCACCAAUCACCGCUAAAAAACUUCAAGGUAUCUGCUCGGCAUGUGCAUCGAUCUGGUAUGCUCAUCAAAAUCAAAUGGGUCAAACGUUAACAUUCAGCGUACAACAGCCAGAUGAUCUGUCUUUGUAUCGAAUGCAUAAUCAGUUAGCCUGGUCAUUUUAUUUGGCUGUAUGUGGCAGUAUCUGUCAAUUUUUGGGUGGUGUAUUUUUUGCGUGUUCCCGACCACGGCAAUCCUCUUCCGCCUACACGCAUUCUGUUUGA